AUGGAGGCCUGCGGGGAUGUCGCCCGGCAGGGCCCCGCCACGCGCCCCGGGCCGACCUACGUCCGCUGCCACCCCUGCGAGCCCCCGACUGUGUCACAAGGGGGGGACAGCGACUACUACUUCCUCCCGACCUGCGCCCUCUGCGCGGACCGGCUCGAGGCGUCGCUGACGGGGAUGGCCGCCGAGACCCAACCUGCGCCUGCCCGUCCAGGGGGGGGGAGGGGGCGGCGCUGCGGCUGCCUCGCGGCCUCGACCUGCGCGGUCUGCCGGGUUCUGUACCAAGCCCAGACAAACGCCAGCGCGCGCGGUCGGGCCGUCUGCGAGGCCUGCAAGCAGGCGGGGGACCCGUGGAUCUGCCUCAUCUGCGGCUACGUCGGGUGCAGCCGGUAUCAGGCAAUGCACGCGAAGGCGCACUGCCUCGCGCGGCAACACUUCUUCUCCAUGAACCUGCUCACGCAGCAGAUUUGGGACUACUGCGGUGACGCCUUCGUGCACCAGGUCGUCAUGGUCUUCGACGUGGCAUCAGGGAGCACCACCCGCGUGCGAUACCCUAGCCGAGAGGACCUCAUCUUCGAGGGCGAAGACGACGAGAAGGACCUGUUUUGGCAAAAAAAAAGCAUCUCCGCGAAGUACGACGCUAAACUACGGGCCUCACACACGCAAUACGCGACGGUCAUCAAAAAUGAGCUUGAUGCAAUGCGACAGGUCUACGAAAAUGAUCUCACUAGCGCCAUCUCCAACAGCCAGGGCGAAGCGCCGCAUUCGAAAAAAAUCACUGAGGGGGAAGGGGGAGGGAAUUCGGUAAACCUAGCAGUAUCCUCCUCCCCGUGGAAAGAUUCCCCGGCCGAGUCUCAGUUCCAGCGAACUCAAGCGUCCACACCGCAAAAAACAAUUAGCAAAGCUCAGCAUUCCCCUCCUUUGGCAUCGAUGAAGACGCUCCAUAUUAUCACAACUAAGGUGCUCGAUGCACAGGAGGCUGCUUUAAAAGGCGAUGUCAACCUGCAGGGGCUUUCCCAUGAUAUUUGCCUUCAUACAAAGGAGGGUGCGCAGCUGGAAGAGCGCGUGCACAAUAUCGAGAGAGAAUUCCGCGCGAUUGUGGGGAAAAAUAUCGCGGCGGAGAUCGAAAUCGAUUCCGCGAUUGAGGAAAUGCAGACCACGUUAAAAGAAAUUCGCUUAAACGUCGAAACGGAGCGCAGGCUGCGCUCACAGAUAGAUGCUUCAGAUGGUGCCGAAAAUAUGGUCAUCAUGGGGAAAGGUAAGAAAAACAUGUAG